AUGUCUGGGUCUGGGACUGCGCCCUACUGGGGCCAUUUGCCUACCAAGACCCGUCGUCCGUCGGAAGACUAUACUCAGGCUCACCGUCGCAGGCAGUCAUUGGAUGCCGCCGUAGCCCCCGCUCCCACGCAGCCCAGGUCGAAUCGUGCCUCGAUCCAGACCCAACUGACCGACGCUCCUACUGAAUCCACGUACAGUCCCCUAGAGUCCCCCGUGGCGUCGAGCUUCCGCGGUGCUGGACUGGCGCCUCGGCCUCCCUCACUCUCCUACGGCCAGAAUAGCUACCCGUCGGAGCUGUCAGACAAGCGCAAGAGGAGGAGCGCGCGGAACCAGGACGACCUGCUACAGGAAGCUGCGCGCGCAACACCGCCUGCCGCCCCAGACGUUCCAAGGGCACCCCCAAUUAGCUACCGAGAUCCUCUCGGCAGUGGUCGCAACUCGCCUUACACCUUCAAUGCCUCGGGCCAACCUGGACCGCCACCAUCUGCUCACCGCUCCAUGGCCCAAGCAAAAGCUGCCGUCGAUAUGGACACGGAUGCAAGCCCGCGGCAUUUCGACGACGAUCUCGCGGUGCGUAGAGCGAGACGGGCAGCUAGUGGCUCAGGCGUAGACAACGGGAGGCGUGAGUCUGCGAGGCGGUCUGCGGACGCACAAGGCUUAGACAGGGCUCUGUCCUCUCGUAGGAGGGACUCGCUCGAGCCCGAGGGGAAGCGCGACAAGUGGGCAGACGACCGGUCACCACUACAGAAGCUUGAGCUGACGCUCGACAGCAUCACCAAAGAAGAAAAACGGGCUCGGGUUGAGGCCGCUGAGCGGCGCGCUCGUGAGAGGGCCGCCGCCGCCGCGGCAGCCCAGCCGGGCUUCGAUCCUACAGCCACCAGCCCCGAUCGUCCAGUUGGCCACCAAGUUCGUUUCAGAGACCGAAGACCUUCAGUUGGACAAGGGGAAAGACAGCGGCCUGCUAUCGCCGACCCGCGUGAUGCCCACGCAUUGUCGAUACGAACAGACCCAAUCGCACAUGGUACGCCGGGCGAGGGCAGGACAGUUGAAUCUGCCGGCCGGUCCCCAAGGUCCCACAUACCUGUGCCCAAAAACCGCAGUGUGUCCGAGACCGCAAAAUCCGACCUGCCUCAGCGUAACUUGAGUUUUCGGGAUAGGGCAGCCAAGACCGAUGUGGCCGUACCUCAAGGCGGCGAUAGUGCUUCGCCGGAUGCAUCGUCUCCGGUCACAACACCUGGCGGAGGAAUAGCUCUCGCCCGCACUGGCAGUAAUAAGCUUAGGAAAAACCCUCCCGGCGACCCUUGGUACAGCAAGCGCGUGGAGGCAGAGGAGAGGUUUCCGGCCAUAAGUCGUGCUGAGGAAACCCAGGAACCGCAGCAUACUGGUGCAAUUGGAGUUUCACGAUCCCGAUCCACCGGCUCAACGCUCAAAAAACCGCCUCCGGUUCCGCACAACGAUGUCGAGAGACCUGUGGCAAGGGGCAAGCAAUUUGACGAAUACGAUGAUUAUGAGGAGCCGAGCCGGCCUAGGGGUUUUGCAGCUGCCAUUGGCUUGGGUCGAUCUGCAUCUCUCGGUAACAGGAAUCAACCACCUCCUUCCCAGGAGACCCAUUCUGGCCGAGUAAACGGCAAUGGUGUCAAAUCAGUCAAAUUCCCUGAUCAACAACCUGGGGUGCUCGGACAUCACGAUGAUGAAUCUGAUACUAGCAGCCAACAUCAUCACUUCCGAGAGUAUUUUCAUAGGGAGAAGCUGCAGCCGGGCCAGGGUAUGUACAAGCCUCCCAAGUACCUCGACGAGUGGAAGAAGGCAACAGUGGGCACUCUCUCGGGUGCGCUGCUUGAUAUCACAGCAGAGGUACCCGCACCUCCCGAAACCACCGUUGGUAAGGACACAGCGUGGUGGGAGGAUGGUGGAAAGCGAAGAGACAGCAUGUCCUCGAGGCCUCAGAAGGCGGAGGCCUUUGAUGGUGAAUACGAUGAGACUCAGGCUCCCACCAGGUUCAAACCAGCUCUCUAUCUGAAGUGCGGCCCCUUAUUGAGAUACUGUGGCAUCCGGCAUGAAAAGACACCUGUGCGCAAUCGCAGUGGCACACUGGCCGACAAAGAAAUCUGGAGAGGGUCGAUCAUGAUUGUCACCCAGGACUCCGAGAGCUCCUAUGAGAUUAUGCCUACUCUGCGGCUAUUUGUUCAGCCCAUUGACCUCCUACCCCCACCCCCGGCCGAGCUGAAGGGUGAGCAGGCUCUGCUGCCAGAAUAUGUCGACCCCAUAGCUGGGCUGCCCAAAAUCGGCCGACGUGGAGAAACCUACUACGUCAGACCUGUCGAACACCUCGAGGAGGCCAAGGACGCAUCUGUGCUUGAGCCGGAUGACGGGCUGUUUGAGGUCACGAGGACAGCAACUGACUUCGACAACGCACCGGAUGCGCCUGGAUCGUUUACAAGCCGCAGAAAACGUAUUCAGGUCGACGGCGAGAAGCUCGGGAAGUAUAAGGAUGUGCGUGGUUUCCGAUUACACGCUGAGAGGGGCUGCACAUUCUGGAGGUUCAACAUCGAGGUUGAACUUCGUGAUAAGCAGCAGCGCAUAGCCUACCGCAUCAACCGUGGUCCUUCCACAGGCUUCUGGGUUCCCGCUCGUGGCCAGUCCAUGAAUGUCAUGUUUCACAGCUGCAACGGUUUCAGCCUCAGCGUCAAGCCAGACGACCUCAGCGGACCUGACCCAAUGUGGCGUGAUGUCCUCAAUACUCACCAAACGCAGCCGUUCCAUGUUAUGAUUGGAGGAGGCGACCAGAUCUACAAUGAUGCGGUGAUGAGGCAGGCCGAGAUCUUCAGAGAAUGGUUGGAUAUCAGAAACCCCCUGCAUAAGCACAAUGCGCCCUUCACUACAGAGUUACAGGACGAAUUGGAGACGUUCUACCUAGACAGAUACUCCAUGUGGUUUUCACAGGGCCUAUUCGGCCUGGCGAACUCACAAAUUCCCAUGGUCAACAUGUACGACGACCACGACAUCAUUGACGGUUUUGGCUCCUAUCCAGAUCAUUUUAUGAGGUCACCUGUAUUCUCAGGCCUCGGUGCUGUUGCUUUCAAGUACUAUAUGCUGUUUCAGCACCAGAGCGUCGUGGGCGAGGGCGAGGAAACAGAGCCAAGUUGGGUUCUUGGUUGUAAACCUGGGCCGUACAUUCAGGAGUUGAGCCGCAGUCUGUAUAUGUCACUCGGUUCAGAUCUUGCCUUGCUUGCCGUGGAUGCGCGCACUGAGCGCACAAGAGAUGAUGUAAUACGGGAGGAUACAUGGAAGAAGCUCAUCGACCGGUGCUACGCCGAGAUCAUCAAAGGCGAAACCAAGCAUCUGCUGGUUUUGCUCGGUGUUCCGAUUGCCUACCCUCGGCUGGUCUGGCUGGAGAAUAUAUUGACUUCAAGGCUUAUGGAUCCGGUCAAAGCCCUAGGGAAGGCUGGGCUUCUCGGCAACUUCCUCAAUAACUUCGAUGGAGGCGUCGAAGUCCUUGAUGACCUUGACGACCACUGGACCGCGAAAAACCACAAGGAUGAGCGAAAAUAUGUCAUUGAGGACCUUCAGGAUCUUGCCGCUGAUAAGUCGGUGCGGAUCACGAUUCUCAGCGGUGACGUCCAUUUAGCUGCCAUCGGACAGUUCUACUCCAACCCCAAGCUUCAUAUUCCCAAACACCGAGAUUUCCGCUACAUGCCCAACGUUAUCUCGUCAGCGAUCGCAAAUACGCCCCCUCCCGACCUCAUGGCCGAUAUCCUAAACAAGCGAAACAAAGUCCAUCACUUCGACAAGGAGACCGACGAGGAUAUGAUACCCAUUUUCAUGACAGGCGUUGAUGGCAAACCCCGCAACAACAAACGGCUUCUUCCUCACCGCAAUUGGUGUCAAAUUCGAUCUUAUGUUCCAGGGCACACACCACCUCCAACUCCCCCACCGGAAGACUUUGGCUACACCCCAGAGGGCACGCCGCCGGCUACCCGCGGUGGAAUAUUCCGAAAGCUCUCGAUGUCAAAACAACGUGGCCCUUCCUAUCGCCCCGACGUGCCAGAUGAGAAAGACAGGUCUCGCCCGCCUGUCUCUGGAGGCAUUUUCCGGUCGUUUUCUCGCCGAGGAUCUUUGUCUGGACCAGAAAAACGUCCUGGAAAGUUGAUGCGAACCCUGUCCCUUGGUCGUGGCGAUAAGACCGGUCCUAAGAGGAGCUUCUUUGGCCGGCGACCGUCGAUGGAUCACAACGCUGACGACGGUGGCAUCAAUGGCAACUGGGGUGCCGAAAGCGAUGAUGAUCGUGAUGACGAUCUCUACAAUGUGACGCCUCCGCUUCAACGACGUACCCGGCCAACAGCUUUUGAGGGACCUGGGGGCACACAUGGCAAUAAACUCGCGCGCAUGGGUCUCCGCGGUGGUGCCAGCAAUGCUCGCGAGGCGGCGGAGUACACCACAGGUGAUGACUCUUACUUCUCGGUGACAGCGAGGGUACCGCAUCGUGCGUCUACUCUACCUGCCUCACACUCUCGUGGUGGUGAUUAUACUCCAGACUCCCUUGCAACACCACCUGCACCGAGACCUUUCCACCGCACGCCGACCGGCCUGAGCGCAAAGCAGUUGAAGAAGGGAGCCGAGCGAUAUGAAGUUGACGUCGAGGGGGCUCUGGAUAUCCAGCUGAAUGUCGAAGUAAACCCGAAAGACCCAGCGGGUAUCACAGUGCCAUACCGCUUGCUGGUACCAAAGCUGGAGUACGAGUACAUGGGAGAGGAAGGCUCGGAAGGCUCCGAGGUUUCACAUGAACCCUCAAUUGAAGUCGACAAUGGCAAUGCUGGCAUCGAGGGCCCAGCGCCGAGUCGAGGUGGUACACUCAAAAGAUUGUUCAGUGCAAACGGUCGCGACAAAGGAAGCCAGUACCGACAUCACCGUGCCUAUGGCGAAUAG